UAUCCUUGAAAACGACUGACUGAAAUUUCUCUUCCCAAUAGCCGUCGGCUUUCUUUUUAUUUUAGUUAAUAGAUCGAUUUUGAAAUGAGGUGAGGACUUACUAUACCCAUAUACUGAGCAUACGAAGAGAGCAAGAGGUACAAAUCUAACCACGAAAACCCACUCCUAGGGUUUAUCAUCUCCAUCAAUCUCACCGCCAUUACCCGCCAAACUCCGCCGCACUCCGGCGACUCCUUCUCCGUUUUCGGCAUCGAAAAUGGGCGGUGCCACCAACAGAUUCUUCACCCUUCUCUCCAGCAGCAGCGCCGCCCCGAUUCCUCUCCUCCUCCACCAUCAUCAUCGUUCUCCUGGUCUCCUUCGCCUCUCUCGCCGCCCCAAACUCCCUCUCCUCUCAUCUUCCCUCUCUUCUUUCUGUGGCCGCCGGCACUACCUUACUAUCUCUCCCUUCUCUCCCUCCUCUUCCUUCGUUCGAAAAGCGUCGCAGCAUUUCCAUUCCCAUGCCGGUACUUCUUCGCUCAGCGAAACCCAUUCCUCCAAUUCCGCCUCAGCCACCGUCUCUUCAUCGUCGUUGGCUUCGGCUUCUUGGGCUUCGCACCCGUGGCCCGAGUGGUCCAGCCUUGUCAAUUCACUUUCUGCCUCUGGUUAUUUGAAUAGGAACCUGGGAAUUGUCAGAAAUGAUGAAUUCGUCGGAGUCGAGGGUUUGCCCGAGGAUUUCGCACUCGCCGCACGCGCUUGUUUGGCGUUCGCGCGAGAAAGAGCUAGUCUUGUGAGAUUGCUUUCAAGAAGAGAUGUGGAGGUGGUGGUUGAAAAUGGGACUCCUUUUCUUUUCAACGAUGCUGAUGGUUCUGCUACAAGACUCGGGUCAUUUCCAUCCGAUAGCCAAACCAAUGUAUUGGAUAGUGAUAAAGUACAAACAGUUGAUCUGAUGAGGUUUAUAUUAAGUUAUGCAAGCAAUCCCAUUUUCCCUUCAAAGAGUAAUAAUUACAACAACAGAGAACUUGUCGAACCAUCUGUCCGGAAUCUGUUGAGCGAAUUGGCCAAGUUGUGUUAUUGUGCUCCAGAGUCGCGUUCUUUCGGUUCAGGCCCAAGCCAGUUCCCUGACAGAAAUGGACGAACUUUGAGGCCUUUGGGGCAAAAUAUUGAAAUGAAAAGAGGCGAUUGGAUUUGCCCAAGGUGUAAUUUCAUGAACUUUGCAAGGAAUAUGAAAUGUCUUGAAUGUGAGGAGGCACGACCAAAGAGACAGCUGACUGGUGGGGAAUGGGAGUGUCCUCAGUGUGAUUUCUUCAACUAUGGGAGAAAUACUGUAUGCUUGAGGUGUGAUUGCAAGCGCCCAGGAGGGGCUUCAUUUGCAAGUGCUAGGUUAGAUAUGGCAUAUGAAAAUGGUAACAAUGCAACUAUUGAGAACAGGCUGGCAGCCAAUGAAGAGAAGGCACAGCGGUGGUUUAGUAAGAUAUCUCAGCUGGACAAUACUGAAGGCUUGAGCAGUGCAGAUGAAGAUUUUCCUGAAAUAAUGCCUUUGAGGAAAGGAGUGAAUAGAUUUGUUGUGAGUACAAGGAAAACACCGCUAGAGAGGAGGUUGACCAAUUCUCAAUACCAAAGCAAUUUGGGUAAUGAUGGCACUUCUAAGAUGAGUUCUGAAACCGAGUCUCUAAAUCAUUUGCUUGGUACUGCAGAACAGCAGAGUCAAAAUGAAAUUUCUAUUAAUAAAUUUGGUUCAGGAUCUAAUAAUAAGGGUGUCACUGGUGGACAAAAUGUUGGUACAGAGAGUUCCUCUUCCUUCUUUAACUCAGCCUCCCCACGGUAUGGACCGGCCAGAGGAAACAGUUCCAGUUAUGUUCCAUUUGUGCCAUUACCUGCAGAUAUGUUUGCUAAGAAACCGAAUGCAGAGGAGAGUGGAGAGGCAGUUACAGGUACCGAUGAAUCUGCUGCAUCAAAAACUAGUUCGUUGACAGGCAAAGUUUUCAGGAGCAAUGAGUGUGCUAAACCAGGAGAGAGUGCAGACCAGGCUCAGAGCAAUGAUAAAGAGAAAGAACAGGCUGAAAAAUCGGAGAGAUGGUUUAAGAGAGUUGCGGAGCUGCAUAAUGUUACUGAUCUGGCUGGUGCAAUUUCAGAUGAUGACUUCCCUGAAAUUAUGCCAAUGCGUAAAGGAGAGAAUCGAUUUGUUGUCAGCAAGAAGAAAGAUCGUUCUUUAACUUCUCCAGCAUACAAGAGACGAAUGGCUACGGAGCAAGGUAACAAAACCAAUUUUGUCCCAUUUGUCCCCUUCCCACCUGAUUAUUUUUCUAAGGACAAGCCUCAACCAGAUGGGAAGGCAGAUUUGUCUAAUGAAGCUGUUGAUGAAACAACUUCAUCUUCCAACACACCAGAAAAGCUUCCAGAAAAGUUGGAUGAUGCUAGAUGGAAGGAGCUUAGUAAUGAACGUGUUCAACAAAUGGAAAAAUCUAAGAGCUGGAGUUUGGAACCUUCAAGAGAGAACCUAAAUGAGAAUAAGACUGGUUUCAUUAAUGAACCAUCAAGCAGUGGAAAAUCUUCCCCGAAGUUUGCAGAAUCCAACAGUAGGAGCAAGGAUGAUUCCAGCAAUGUAUAUUUCAAGAACGAAACUUCAGACAAUGCACCAAAUGUGACAGGAAGUUUACCCCCACUAUCUGAGAAUCAGAACAUCAGAGAGAGCUGGACUGCAAAAAGCUUGGAGGGUUCAGCAGUUAAAGAGCCGGAUCCUUUAGACAUGUCAGAGGAGGCCAAGGCAGAGAGGUGGUUUCGGCGCGUUGCCCAAAUCAAAGACAUAUCAGAACUGAGUCAGAUACCUGAUGAAGAUUUCCCAUCAAUAAUGCCGAUGCGAAAAGGGGUGAAUAGGUUUGUUGUGAGCAAGAGGAAAACACCAUUAGAAAGGAGGCUGACAUCUCCUCAGUACAGGAGAAAUCUUCCUAUUGUGAGCUCAGAUCCUACCAAAGGGGAAACCGACGGUAGCUGAAAAUUAAAUAGAAAAAGAUGGUAAUUGCUUUGAUUUUUAACCGUUUGAUUAAUCGUAAAUUGUGAUGCAGGAGAAAGAAACCAUCACAAAUAUUGGAUCUUGAUAUGUAUAAAGAAUUUUGACAUGUGAGUUAUGUGAAAUUAGUCUACGAUUUGUUUUUAAGUUCUAUGCAUGAGACUUGAAAAGACUCCAUACAUGGUCAAUUCUCUAGUCUUGUAAUAGUGAGUUCUCUGGUAGUCAAUUCUCUAGUCCUGUAAUAGUUAGUUCUCUGGUCUCGUAAUUAUUUGAGUCCAAGCUUAGUCUAUGGGUUUGUACUUGUACUGGUUUCUCUCAGAUGCAACUUGAUUUACCACUUGUACAUUAAACACGAGCACAAUUCUUGCGUUGAUCGCCA